CUGCGUGACGGCGGCUGUAGAGGGAAGAGGACAUGGAGAUUGAUCCGGGGUUUGAUGCAACUGGAGCUCCUUGCAAUCCAGAUCAUGACAAGUUGAAGCCGUCGCAUGGGGAAUCAAUCUCCAUGAUGUUGAACAACUCAAUGGCACCUCCAAUGGGACCAAGACCCAAUGGUCACUUCCAGCCCCCACCGAUGCCUGGCCCUGACAUGGUUCCUCCCUCAACCUUUGGCGCUUCGGCCACAGCCAGGAUCAGUGUUGAUACAUCCCUUGCUGGCGCCAUUAUUGGGAAGGGUGGAGUCAACACAAAGCACAUAUCCCGAAUGACUGGGGCCAAGCUGGCCAUCCGGGAUAAUGAGGCAGACCCCAACCAUAAAAACAUUGAGCUCGAGGGAUCGUUUGAUCAGGUCAACCAUGCCAGUGCAAUGGUGAAGGAGCUGAUUCUUCGCAUUGGUGGCAACGCCCCUCCUCAAACAAAGAACGCAGGGAGGGGUCCUGCGGGUGGUGGGGGAAGCAACUUCAAGACCAAGCAUGACCAGGUACGCCUCUCCCUGCCCCAGCAAUGCAACAUCCCCAUCCCGUUCCUGCAUUCUGAAAAUUAG